GGAAGAAUAAUACAGAGGAAAGAAUCAAAGUGCAGAAUCUAUAUUCAUCCGAUGGUGGCUUCUUGGGAUGAAUAUAUAUUCUUUCCUUUAAACUCUCAUGUUUAUUCUUUACUUGGAUGAGUGCUGAAGUUAUAGAAUAAGCAAAGGAAAGAAUCUAAAAUACACCAUCGUGGAAUAUAGAUUCUUUCCUUUGAUUGAAUAAUACAUAUUCUUUAGCCACAAUUGUUUUAGGUCCUCAACACAUUGCAUUUUAGGGUGUGAUCUUGUCAAAGUCUGCUUCGGUUCCAAAAACUGAAGUUAUGCACCAGUUUCAGAUUAUGCAGUUAUAGAGCGAUGAUAGGCCAGUUGAUUUCGGGCCACAUUUGUCUACAGACAUACUGCUCCUGACUCAUUCAGUCAGCUAAGUAUAACAACGAAUAUAAUAACUAAUUAUAUUUGUUUCAUAUAACCCUUCCACGUUAUAAUCUUUAAUAUGUAUCCACUCAAACUUUGUGGUCCUCAACACAUUGCAUUUUAGGGUGUAUUUAAUGUAGUAGAAUCCAUACCUCACAUUUUGGCAACUUACACUUAUGCCACUUGGUGCUCCACCGAUCAUAGUGCCGCUUGCGGCUUAGGGUGCAUUUCGUGGAUUCCGGGAUACAAUGACACCAUUGUAUGCUGUGUGUAUGUCUUUGCCACUUCAUUUUGACAAAAUAUUGUAACACAUAACACUAUUUUUUCCCAUCUAGAAUUGCUUACACCUUGCUAUUUAAACGGAUAUUAUUUUGUUGUAAAUAACUUUUGUUUUUUUAUUCAAGCUACUCAAUGUAAUUGAUUCGAAAUGUGAGCUUCAUAAAUCUUAGGAAGCCAUUGCCUUUUGCUGCUAUGGUAUAUUGCUUUCUAAGAUGCGUGUAGCUGUUAUAACUCAUAAUUAUUCUUUUUAAGACUCCUGAGAGGAAAUUUGUGACAAAAAUAUCUGCUCUGGAAAUUUGUAAUGAGAUUGUGAAUGGCCUUCUACAAUCUGACUCUGCUCCCCUUCGGUUAUUAGAUGAUCCUGAGAAAUGAACCAUUGUGGAGAAGUUGCAAGAAGAAAUUGCUUAGGACAACUAACAUCUGAGGCAUCCAAGCAGGAUUUGUGAAGCAACGAACACAACGCGCGCCAAGGCGCGCAUAAGUUACUAGUUCGAAAAACAACAACGACCUCGCCUUCUUCACGUACGAGGAGAAGCGGAAGCUCGGGUACGGCACGCAGCGGGAGCGCCUGGGAAAGGACUCCAUCAAGCCCUUCGACGCCUGCUGCCUCUGCCUCAAGCCGCUCAUCGGCCCGCUCUGCUGCCCCAAGGGCCACACAUUCUGUAAGGAGUGCAUCCUCGAGUGCCUCCUCUACCAGAAGAAGGACAUCAAGCGCAAGCUAGCUGCACAUGAGGUCCAGAAAAAGCAAGAGAAGGAAGAGGAAGAGGAGAAGCUAAUUCUGCAGAAGGCUAAGGAGUUGGAUGCCUUUGACCAGCAGAAUCAUGGACCUGUUCCCCAGUACCAUGAUCGCAGUGGUUCGCAAGACAAGAAUGGGUUUCAUGGAGCAAAUAAUGUGAAGGUCACUUCUUUUGAAGACGAAGCCCUUCGCAAUAUGAAGGCAUUCUGGCUCCCUUCAGCUACUCCUGAAGCUACGGUCAAGGUAGACGUGCCCUCCAUCCACACUGUUUGCCCGGAGGGGCAGGAGAAGCUCAAGUUGAAAUCGCUCUUCCCUAUCUCGUUCACGGAAGAAACUGCUGAUCAGAAGAGCAGUAAGGCAGUGGAAAAAAAGAGCUACAUGUGCCCUAGUUGCAAGUCCACUAUCACAAAUACCAUGUCCCUUGUGGCGGUCAGCACCUGUGGCCAUGUCUUCUGCAAGAAAUGUUAUGACAAGUUUCUAGUGAAGGAUAAAGCUUGCUUGGAGUGCAGCAAACCAUUCAGGGAGAGGAAUCUGGUUCCAUUGGAGAAAGGAGGAACCGGGUUUGCUGCACAUGAUGAACGCCUAGAGGCAAGAUAUUUCAAGCAUUUGGGUAGUGGCUCUGGGUUAGGACUAGUGAAGCCUGCACCAAAAACUUACUAACCUUGAAUAAUUAUAGCCGUUGUUGUAUUGUUUACCUUGGUGUCAUGAAAUUAUAUAACCUAGAAAUGAGAACUCCAUCAAGUUCCCAAUUGCCGCUGUAACUUCUAUAUACAUGUAUGCAGAUGUUGAUUUUAGGUAUCUUUAAGACCUUAACGACA